CGUAAACGAAAGAGUUGAUUUCAAAUAAUACAAUCAAAUAAAUAAAAUAGUGACGAAAAAGUUGUCUCUCGCGUUGAUUGUGUAUUUAGAGUAGAUUUAUACUUAGCUAUGACUAUUAUUAGUUUUGCAAAUACACAAAUACAACACUUCUUCCUAUAUGAAUUUCGGACUCCGCUGCAUAGUUGAUAAAAUAUUUUAAGUGUGCUAGUGUGUGUCAAUCAGUCAGACGUGCUGUUGUGUACUUCGAUUUACAUUGUUGCACCUCUCGUCCGAGUUCGUACUUUGUAACCUUUUUGCAACAUUUUAAUCACAUAUUCGAUACCGCUAUGGCAGAGUUAUUGCAGACAGUGAGGAGUAUACAUUAACAGAAAAUUUUUGAAUAAACGUUUAGUUAGUUAAUCAACUUGUACAUUCGCGAGGCCGUUGGGAUGAAUUUGAUUUGAAUGAUUGUAAAAUUAUUCGGUAAAUUUUGUGAUUUAUAAAAUUGUUCAAUUUGGUUUUUUGUUGAUAAUUUCAAAGUCGUCAAGAUAUGUAAUGAAAUGCGAUUCAGUAAGGAUAAUUUACUUGGUUAAAAUUCAGUUAAUUUGAAAAUCGUUUAACAACAAAAAAAAAUCAACUUAUAUCCAGUCCAUUGCAUGUAGUUAAUAAACGAAGAUAAUAAAAAAAAAAAAAAACAGAAAAGAUUAUGGAAAGACACAUUCUCCAAGCAAUUUAAAAAAGAAGUAAGAAAUUAUGUCGUGCAAUUUAUAAAACCAGUUAUUCAUACAUUCUGUCUUCGAUAUUGAGAUAUAUCGCAAAAUAAAGAGUUUUUUUGUUUAAUUUUAUUAGAAUAGAAUGAAUUUCUGAAGAAAUUUUUUUUUAUUCAAAAUAAAAAUAAUCGUGAGGAGAGGUAUAUAGAUGUGAACAACAAAAUAAAAAUUAAGACAAAAAAAAUAAUUAUAUAUCCGAUUAUCCCUGUGUGUGUCUUUAUAUUAAUCAAGUAUAAAAAAUAAAAAAAUAAAAUAAAAUUUGCACAAAAUUGUAUGAAAAGCAGAAAAAAAACAGAUCAAUUAAUUAAACUAAGAAAUUGCUGAGAUUAACUGACUACUAUACUAUACAUAGAAUUGUAAUUAUCAUUGUGCGUUCUUGACAAUUUAUAACAUAGCAACAGAUUGUUUUCAAUGUGCAUUGUAGAGAAUUGAAUGGAAAAUGAGACACCAUACCAUAGUGUGUGUAAUUAAUUUUUAGUAUUAAAAAGUGGAAAAUGGUAUGGUAAAUGUAUGUGAAUAGUUUCUUUUUUUUACCAAAACAUAAAAAAAGAUCUUUGGAAUGUGUUGGUUAUCUGUUCAUUCAGUGAUUUGAUUAUCUAAUGGUAUUUUUUAACCGACUUUUCUUGAACGAAAAAUCAUUGUUUAUAUUCUUGACGAUUUUUUUUUGGAUUUAAUUCUACUGUGGUUUCAAGUGAUUUAUCGCACUGCACUUUGUUUAUUGUACUAAAAAUUAGUUAUAUAAGAGAGAUUUGAAAGAAGCAAAAAAAAAACGAAACGAAACAAAAAAUUUGACUAAGGUCAGAACAUAAGCGAAGUGAAAGUUUGCCAAUUCUUUUAACCAAUUCUUAAGGAUAGUUAAGAACAUCUCACCUAUAUUUAUCCUGUCUGUUUGGGUCAUUUUCAAAACAAUUUUUAAAACUAUUAAGCACAAAAUUUUAUUACAAAUUAAAAAAAAAACAGAACAAACAAACAAAAAAAACAGAAAUUUAUACUGAAACAUUUUAGUAAUUCCAAUAUUAUUGAAUGGUCUCUAAUGAUAUAUCUGACUGGAACGACAUAAUGUCCGAUUCAGAGGUAACCGACACAAAGGCCGACAUUUGCGGUGGUCCGUCUUGUUCUGCGUCAACCGUUGGUGCACCCCGAACUCCGCCAAAUUGCGCCCGAUGCCGAAAUCAUGGCGAAAAAAUCAUACUUAAAGGACAUAAACGGUACUGUCGCUAUCGCUUUUGCAACUGUGACAAAUGUCGUCUAACGGCCGACCGACAACGCAUUAUGGCACAACAAACGGCACUGCGACGCGCCCAAGCUCAAGACGAGGCACGCGGUGUGACACCGUCACCGUCAUUGACACCUGAUCAGUAUAAAAUAUUACGUGUGCCAGACUUACGUGAGGUUCGUGAGAUGAGAGACAUAAGUGGUUUAGGUGAUUUAAAACAACCACUGUUAAGACCAAAAAGCCCUCCAAUCGAUUCACCGGUAACGCUUGCCAAUGCGGUUACGACCGAACGUUCAUUGGAUGGUUCGUGUGGAUCCUCGUGUGCUGUGCCAUUACCAUCGUCGGGAUUCCCUUACGUGCCAGUUUUUCCUAAAAUGCCGGAUACUCUAAUAAAGCCUGGCUGUCCCCGAGAUACAUUAAUAGAAUUAUGUCAGAAACUAAAUAAAACCUUUAAUUAUCCGUAUGAAAUGAUGCCACUGUUGUACACAAUUCUCACAUAUAACGACGAUGUGGAAGAAGCGUCACAGCGAAUCUACGAAGGUAUAUCGCAAACGCAAUUUUUUUGAGUCAUAAGACGUAGGAUAACUGCAAAUGCAUACAAACCAAUUGCGACAAAAAAUCAUAAACGAUUAUGCACGGUACAACAACCUCAACAUAUACGACGGAGGGGAGUUAAGAAUCGAUACCAAACGGGGAUGAUAACACGAAAAUGCUUUAUUUCUAAAUUUAUCUAAAAAAUAAAGGACAUGUCAAUUGUGGAACGGACAACGGCUGAUUUAUUGGCUUUCGUUAUUUAAAUAUGAGACUAAACAUUUAGACAAUAACGAGUGAACGUUUAGUUAUUUCAAUCUAAUUGUAAAAAUAUUUUGAUUGUAAAAAAAUAUAAGUGUGAAUAUGAAUACAGAACAGUUUUUUUUAGAUUAUUUGAAUGGUCACCAGUUUGUUACUAUUUACAAUAUAAGUUUCGAAUAGGGCAUGCCGAUGCAGUUCGCCAAGAACGGCUUGAAAUACUUAACAUAACUUACAUUGCGUGACAUUUAUAAAGCCAUAAAGUCAAAAGUAUGGUGAAAAUUAAAGUGAAGAAAUCAAUUUCCUUAAAUCUACAUCGCUACCAUCAAUUCCUACAUGUGCUGAUUUUUUCGACUGGCCUGAUGGACUGUUAGAAGCAACUUAUUAUUGAAAUCGAGAAUCAACCUUUUUGCAAGAAAAAUUUCUGUGAACAUUAUUUAAGCAGUAAAAUUGAAUCGUCCAUUUAAUCGUAAAGCAUAAUCCAUCCUAAAAUCAAAAUUGCAUCCACAGCUACUUAGACGAAACCCAUCCAACCGAUACACAAAUUCGAACGUGUUGAGUAUGUUAAGUUUACCAAGUAAAUUGUAAAGAAUGGGAUUGAAGUUCGUGUUACAUUUUGUUAUUUGUAAAGGAAAAACAGAAAAUUAUUGUUGAAACAGAAAUAUUUUGUAAAAAUUUUGAAUUUAGGAACUAAAAUUGGUGUUGAUUUGAUGUUAUUGUCAAAUCAAUCCAUAAGAUUG